ACAACAAAUUGGCAAGGGCAGACCCCCCCGAAGUCUCAUCCGUUUGAGUUAUCCGGGUGGGGUCAGCAGUGCAAAGAAGGGGUCUUGGUCUCACUUGGGCACGGGUCAUUACUAAAGAGAGAAGAUGCUAGAGGAGGAGAGUUUUUGGGAUGGGCCUCAUGGGAAUUUUCUCAAGGGGGGGUCCUUUUGGUGGUCUUUUAUAGCUGUAGGGCCUGGAAGAGUCUCUGCUUAUCUAUAAGAGCUGAUGGCCUUAAAGCAAUGGGAAAUGCCUUCGUCGCCCUCCUCCCCUCUUCUGUAUUCUCUCGCUUUUCUUAAACUGUCCCCACCUUUUCUCUCCCUAUUUUUCCUUCCGCUUCCCUUCUUCCUCCUCACUCCCGCUCUAUCUCUCUCUCUUGCUCUCCCUGCUGUGAGGAGUAGGUGGUUCCUAGCUGUGCUUGAUUGGUGUGAGUCUAUAUAGGAGGAGAGACGUUCUAACUGGUCUCAGAGUCUACGGGUGCCCUCUUGCCACACAUUCCCAAAACCGGACUAUCUUUUUUUUUUUUCUGGAAGGAAAAAAAAAAAAAAAAUUAUUUCAAGGAUCUUUAACCGAGAGGAUUUAAUUCGUUGUGACAAAAUGACAGAGACUAAGAAGAAAGAUAAGAAAGGGAGGAGGAAGGGAAGGAAAGGACAAAAAGAGAAGGAGGGUGAUCCCACUCAAGCUUCGGCUCCAAAGUUAAAACCAAUGAAGAAUCCAUCAAUAGUGGACGAGGGAAGCAAGCUCACAGUCAAGUGCGAGGCCACGGGGAACCCUCUGCCGACCUACCGAUGGUUCAAAGACGGCAACGAGCUGAAGAAAAGCAAAAAAAUUCGAAUAAAGAACAGCCAGAAAAACUCCAGACUCCAGAUCAACAGAGCGAAACUGGAGGAUUCUGGGAAUUACACUUGUGUGGUGGAGAACCUGCUGGGAAAGGACAACUCCACUGGCACUAUAAACGUCCAAAGCAUAACCACAACGCUAUCUCCAGGCUCAGGCCACUCCAGCAGAUGCAACGACACAGAGAAGAGCUUCUGUGUGAAUGGCGGUGACUGUUACUUCAUACAUGGUAUAAACCGGCCCCAUUGCAGGUGUCCAAAUGACUUUACUGGUGAUCGGUGUCAAACCUACGUUAUGGCACGUUUCUACCAUCAUCUUGGGAUUGAAUUUAUGGAGGCAGAAGAACUCUACCAAAAGAGAGUCCUGACAAUCACGGGUAUUUGUGUGGCUCUAUUGGUGGUGGGCAUCGUCUGUGUGGUUGCCUACUGUAAAACCAAGAAACAAAGAAAGAAGAUGCACAAUCAUCUGCGACAAAAUAUGUGUCCAGAACACCCCAAUCGGAACCUAGCUAACGGACCGAAUCACCCAGGACCAGGACCAGAGGAAAUCCCGAUGGUAGAUUACAUAUCAAAGAAUAUCCCAGCAACUGAACGAGUCAUACGGCCUGCAACAGAAGGAUCAUUCCCUGCCAGUCACACCUCUUCCAGAUCUCACAAUUCUUCCACACGUGCGCAUUCAUCAACUCAUAGACCCGAAGAGCGGACGUGGAGCCUGGAACAUUCAGACAGUGUCCUUUCUGACUCACCGGGGAUGAUGUCAUCAUCAGUGGGGACCAGUAAAUGCAGCAGCCCCGCAUGCAUGGAGGCACGGGCCCGGCGGGCUGCACACUGUGCUUACAAUGACCCCCAUCGGCCCGCCCUCCAAUACGGGGACUCAUUUGACUCCCUGGACUCCCCUCACAGCGACAGAUAUGUGUCAGCUCUCACGACACCGGCCCGCCUGUCGCCAGUGGAUUUCCAUUAUUCCUUGCCCCCGCAGGUGCCUACCUUCCAGAUCACUUCGCCCAACGCCAGCCACGCCAUGUCCCUCCCUCCCGCCGUCCACAACCCGUACCCCCUGGAAGACAACCGGCCUCUGCUACGUCGCUACCAAGUGCCCCUCCACGAGGCCCAGUGCCAGGAGGCCUACCGGCAGCAACGGCGCUCCUAUCCCAACGACAGCAGGGGCAGCCUGCCCUCCAGCCCCUACCGGCUGGCGGACGACGAAGACUACGAGACCACCCAGGAGUACCUCUCCUCUCGGGAGCAACCAAAGAGAAGCGGGUCGGGCGCCCCCGACAGGCGGCGCUGGAGGAGAUCCAGACUGAACGGCCACGUGGCGCCGCGCGGAUACGAGGCCUCCCGGGACUACGGCUCUCGGAGCUGCCUAACAGGAAGCGAGUCGGAGGAGGACGGCGAGAGCACGCCCUUCCUCAGUAUGCAGAACAUGAACGCGGCGGUUGAGCCCUCCACCAUCUACAGGCCGGCGGACAGUCGGACUCCUCACUCGUCGGGGCGGCUCGUGCAAACAAGACUUACGCACUCCCGCUCCAAAGCGGACACGACACCCCAUUAGAGAGUGACCACGAACCCAGAAAAAGUCAAUAUAGUAUAGACCUGCAUCUAUAAGAAAUAUUUUUAUUUUAUAUAACUGACAGAUAUUCUAAACAAAUGAAAUAUUUAUUUUCAUUUUAGCAAAAGUUGUCUACUAGUUAACAGCAAAGACUUUUUUAUAGGGAAAACUCUAUUUAUAUGUACAUUUUGAUUUACAGCAUAAAAAGAUGUGCCAGUUUUUCACAAUGUAAAAAAAGAAAAAAAAAUAGAGUAAUAUUGUGGUGCCUUUUGCUGUUUGCCGAUGCCAGAGGGCCAGUGGAGGUUUUUGUAGCCUUUCUUAUACGGACGCCUCAUUUUUUUUAUACACUUCUUUUCCUUUCUUUCCAAGUUGCACCCCACUGGAACCCCCCUUCCAUAUCAUGCCACAUAAACCACUUUCAUCACAACGUGUAUGUUUACAUCAAUGUAACUCACCUGUAGGGUUUCUCAUUUGAGCUCAAACAGAAUGACUGGUCAAUCAUUACCGUGUAGAUGACUUUUGCCGUUUGAUUUGCGUGAAUGUGUACGUGAGAAUCAAGUGUACUUUGGAGCGAGUAAGUUCAAUCGUCGUGGUGGCGUCGACCCUGCGCGCAGUGUUGUUUUUGGCAUCCCUUUUAAUUUUCGUCUUAGUCUUUUGGACGGUAAUACUUAUUUGUCAUAUUUUAGUCAUUCUUAAAUGUGUAUGUCUACGUCUAGGGUUUUUGUUGUUGAUGAAAACUCAAGACUAAUUUCCUCUAGAUUUCGUCGACAAUUACUCAACAUGUUUUCGUCUGUAAAGCUCUAAAGUUUUAGUCCAAAAAUGAAUAAAAGUUUCCAACAAUUUCGAAUGCACAUUGACAGACCUAUUGUAGCAUCUACAAGGACAACGCAAACUUGGUACAAAUAAACACUCAGUAGGAAACAGUAUAUUAUUUUCAAUUAAUUAUACCCACCUGGACGCCACGAAUUGUAUGUAAAAAAAAAGUUGGCCGAGAUUAGAAGAGAAUGCUCGCCGCUAUGCUAAUGCUACAAGUUACAUUUAGUGUGUGAUGCUCACUCGGCACAGACCUUUAAAGGCUAAAGCAGCAUUGCAUAGUCUCUCUUGACUAAAUAAACACAUCUUACAGUGUAUUUCAAAACAAGUAAGCAAACGUUUCCAACAUUUUUGAAUGAAUAUUGACAUACGACACAUAUUGUAGCAUCUACAAGGACAACACUAACUUGGUGACUAUACACACUCAGCAGGAAAACAGUAUAUUAUUUUCGAUUAUACUCACCUGGACGACGAACUGUAUGUAAAAAAAAAAGUUGUCCAAAAGUUAAAGAAAAUGCUUGCCGCUAUGCUAAUGCUACGAGUUACAUUUAGUGUGUGUUGAACACAGGCUAAAGCAACAUUGCUUAGUCUCUCUUGCCCAGAUAAGAAAACAAAUCUGACAGUGUAUUUUAAAACAAGCAAGCCUUCAGCGGACACUGGUGAGUCGCGGUAGUGCAGCACGUCACAUGAGUGACACAAACAGACACUGCUGCAUUCAGAGGUGGGUAAAGGAGCCCAAAAUUUUACUCAAGUGAGAGCAGAGUUACUUUUAAAAUAUAUUAAUCAAGUAAAAGCAAAAAUAUUCAUCCAACAAUUUACUCAGGUAAAAAAGUUGUAAUUGAAAAGGGUACUCAUUUAAUGAGUAACAUUGUGAGUAACUGCUUACAAAGUCAGUUUUUUUUUUCCUUUUUCAAAAUAAUGGUAUAUUUUUCUCAGCGCAACUUCAUCUAUAUGAACUGUUUUUAUUAAACUGUCAAAUUACCUAUUACAUCAUCACUUUAGGUAAGAGUAGAGUUACUUUUGAAGAAUAUCACUCAAAGUAAAAAGUAGUCAUUCAAAAAUGUACUCAAGAACAGGUAAAAAAAAAUCGUUGAAAAGAGUAUUCAAGUAAUGAGUGACAUUGUAACUGCUUACAAUGUCAGAUUUUUUUAUUUUUUGUGUUAAAAAUAAUUGUUUUUUGUUUUCUCAGCAUAACUUCAUCUAUAUGAACUGUUGUUAUCAAACUGUACAAUAACCUAUUACGUAAUCAUUUUAGGCUAAAAAUAUGACGCAAAAAUAAUCAAAUUCAGACCAGAACAAUGCUAUGAAACAUCACCCGUCCAAAGAGCAUGAUUGCCCUCUAGUGGAGAAAAAAUGUUGUCACCCCUGACUGGUAUGAUGGAGUCAUGUGAUGUGGUAAAUGGUGAAACUGAGACAGCCACUGUCGGCAUCUCUGGCAAAAACUAAAGUCAAUUUUUGUACAAUAUUUGUACAAUUUGUAGAAUAGAGAAGAAAAAUGUAACAACUCUCGUGUAGCCCAAAGCAGCGGAGUAAAAAUAGCGUUUCUUCACAUAUCUACUCAAGUAAAAGUAAAAAGUAUUGCAUGGUAAACUACUCUAAGAAGUACAUUUUUCUCCACUAAAGUAAGUCUAACAGAGUGAAUUUAAACCGUUACUGCCCACCUCUGGCUACGAACUUCACAUAAAAAUGUUCGGAAUGAUUUUUCAUGCAUUUUCGUCUCGUUCUUUUCUCUUCAAACCAAAACUGGCAUUCGUCUGAUUAUUUUUAGUCUCCCAAAACACGUUUUUUAGCUCGUUUUCAUCUCGUCAUCGUCAUGAAAAUUGUUCGCCGACGAAAUAUUUUAGUCAUCUUUGACGAAAACAACACUGCGCCUGCGGUUUUGCCAGGGCGCAUCAAAAAUACACAAAUUUUGUGUCCCCCUCAGCACGACUGAGUAGGCGCAGGUGAAGCUGCGGUAGGUUGUGUUAAGUUAUGCAGGUCAUUGCUUGAUGUGUUUACAGCUACUCCCCCCUGUCAACCUGCACCAUUAAGCCCCCCGGCCACCCUCCCACUAUUUCUGCAGGCUCCCCUCAUUUUAGCCUUUUAUGAGCCUCACAAAUACCGACCUGCUUGGCACAGGGUGACCCCUGCCAUCAGAGGUGGUGGGCGAAACAAAAAGAUUGCAUCUGUUUUCACUCAACCCCCCCUACCUUAAAAUCCCCUACUUCAUCAUCCUUCUGUGUCCAUUCUGGUUUUUGUGGUCUCUUUUAGAGGCCACACAGUGUCUCAGGAUUUCCACUUUGACCCCCCUUUUCCCAUCCUCACCCAGUUAAAGUCAGUUUCGGAACCUAAAGUCGAGAAGGGGGAAAGCAAACGAAACGACACGAGUGGAAAUAGCUGUGAAAGAGAUCAUCUGAUGCAAAAAUAUGCAAACUUUCUAUUUUGCUGUUUGAUUACAUCAUUUUCUAAGAGGUGACCGUGCGGUGCGUGAUGCCUGUAGUGUAGAAUGAAACAACACAAUAUAUAGUCAAUGCAUAUUUAACAGUUAUUUUUCUUUGUAAAACUACAAAAAAAAAAAAGCCAUCUAUCGAGUUUCGUGCACAUACUUAUUUUAUUACUCGGUUUAGUGCGCUUCACUUUUCCAUGCACAAUUCCAGUAAUGUCAAGUAGCAUCCAAAUAGUGUCUCCUCCGAUAGUACUGUGUACCUACCGCUUUGUCUUAUUGACAGAUUUAGUCAUAUCAAAUUCAACUUGAUGCAAGGAAUCCAAAACAUUCAAGCCCCCAUGAAAUCCACCAAAUUCGGAAGGAAAGCUGAUGUUUUGUCACUGUUGGUAUUUCACUAUUAAGCAUUAAAAAAAUAGAUAAUGUUUGAUCUGCACUUCUUUUUGCGAUGUGGUCGUUUUAUGAGGAAUGGUCUUUGGUCACAUGUCACUUGCAGGCUAUCCCUAUCUCCUAAAGCUCCUCUAAUUUCAAUUCUGUUGAGGUCCUACCAGGCAUGCCCUGCUACAGUCUCCUCUCUUUUCAUUUGAAGACCCACUUCCACCUGACCUCUUACCCCCACCCCUGGCUUGAAACUAUUUUCCUCUGCAUGUCCUUGUGGUCAAGGUUAGAUGGGUGCAUGGUUCAAAAUAAGAGGAAGAAAAAAAAAGAAAAGCAGCAGACAACUCUGUCCCGUUAGUAAAAAUGUAUUUCAUUUAACAUUCAGCAAUAAAAAAUUAAGCCCCGCCCCUCUCUCUCACGCACACACACACAAAAAACACACAUGUCAUUCCUGGAAUAUGCUAGAAAUAAAAAGAAACAAUGCGAGAUUGUCAUAGAUUGUAAAAUAAAAUGAAAAAUGAUUCCACCUGUUCAUAUGAGGAAAAUAAAUCUUAAUUCAUAUCAUUUUAUGAUGUAGUUAUUUCUGCAGAAAUCUUGUUUUUUUUCCUUGCCAGAAUGCCAAAAUGCCAUUUUUGAGGGCGUUAUAAUCUAGCGAUGGGCGAAUCAUGAAUGGACACGUAUGCACUAUUAGAAACAAAAUAACGUAAUCUUCUGACUAUAAGACGCUACUUUUUCCUUCAUUUUGAAUCCUGCGGUUUAUAGUCCAGUGCGGUUUAUUUGUUGAUUUAUUGUGGUUAAUAGGCAACACUUCAUUUGACA